AUGGUUGUUGAUGAUGUCUUGAAAUUUGGCGAGAAAUGGCUGAGUCCACCAAUUAUCGAAGCUCUAGUACACAAAAUAAAUUUAAACUCUCUAAAUGCGUUGCAGGAAAAGGCUAUACCUGUAAUUUUAUCAGGGAGAGAUGUACUAAUUCGCUCUAGGACUGGAUCUGGGAAAACCCUCGCCGCCAUAAUACCCAUGGUAGAACUGCUUACCAGUGAUGGAGAGAAUGCAGAUAGACAAUAUCCUAGGGCAUUAAUCUUAGCACCAACUUCCGAACUAUGCCUUCAGAUUUAUGAUGUUGUAUCUCAAGUAAUAGAAUACCUACAAGACCACUUAACUGUUGUUGUAAAGAUAUCUCACCAUUCAAUUGUGGAAAACGUGGCUUUGGGUAAAAGAUACAAAAAUUUGGUUGAAAAGUACGAUAUACAGGCUGAAACUGAAGAGAUUGACAACUUUGGAGACAUUCUUAUCUGCACUCCCACCAGUUUUAUCCGUGAUGUAAAGGUGGCAAAUUUACAUAAAUAUUUGAAGUUUUUGCUGAUUGAUGAAGGGGAUAUGCUAUUUUUAAUGGGGUUUGAGGAGGAAAUUGAGAAAAUUGUAAAGCUUCUUAGGCCUAAUGCCCAGACAAAAUCUUUCCAAACGGUUGUACUAUCUGCUACACUAGAUGAUAAUGUUGACAAACUCAACGGAAUGAUCUUAUACAAACCCAAGUUGAUUGACAUGAAAGAUGAAAUUAAAAUGGGCGUAUUAUCAGAAUUAAUUAUCAAAGUCAACGAAAAUGACAAAUUCCUCAUUAUUUACAUAUUUUUGCGCUUCUCUGUGUUGCCCAUGAAGUGCUUGAUAUUUGUCAAUACAAUUGAACGCGCCUACUCUCUCAAAUUGCUAUUAUCUGGCUUACAAAUAGACUGCGUAGCUAUAUCGCCUAUCUUAGCGCUUGAAACGCGCAGUUCUAUCAUCAAUUCAUUCAACAAAGGCACUUUCAAGAUCCUAAUCGCAUGUCCCGAUAAGCUAGGCGGUAAAUUUUCAUUAGAUCGGGGAAUUGACUUCAAAGGUAUAACUUGCGCCGUAAAUCUUGAUGCGCCGCACUCGGAUAAGGAUUAUGUUCAUAGGAUAGGGAGGACGGCUAGAGCUGGGUCGAAUGGAAUUGCGCUGACGUUUAUUAGCAACGAAGUUGACCAUUUUCUAUUAUCAAGACAGGAUAUCAAGUACAUUGAAUUGCCUCUUGGGGUAUUGGAACAAAUGCGCUAUCGUUUUGAUGAUGUUAUGAGGAAUGUCACUCCAAAUGCCAUUAGUUCUGCUCAACUUCAGGCCAUUUCAAAAUCUGCCCUUACAUCAUCUAAAUUGAAGGACUAUUUUGAGACAAAUCGCGGUGACUUUGAUGCAUUACAGAUAUAUGCCAGUCAGACGGAUAUCAAAGGGGUAAAAGAUAAGAAGCACCUAUCACUAAUACCAAGCUAUUUGUUGUCUGAGGCGUUGACAGAACACUUGGCAGAGUUGAGGAAAUUUGUUUAUGGAUCGGCAAGCAUAGUCUUAGACGACGAUAAAACUAACAAAUUGUAUUACUGUGAAAAGAAGGCAUUUAAGGGUGGUAAACACAGGAAUAAGGAUCACAACAUUGACUAUUCAACUACAGCACCUGAGUACCUUCCUGCACUUUCAAGGAAGAAGAAAUCAGGGAUAGCCAAGUCUUUAAAAGCCUUAGUACAGAAGAAGACCAAGCGCAGGAUAAAAUCCAAGAAAGAAAAGAAAUUUGCCAGACAGCGGAAGAAAAACAAACGAAAGUGA